GGUGGGGAGGGGAGGCGGGCAGCGGAGCCCCCCCGCCCGCUCGGCCCUGCCGCCGGGGGGGUGCCGCGGGCCGGAGGCCUCGCCCGCCCCGUGCCCGAGCCGAGGGGGCCGAGCGGGCGGUGCGCGGCCGGGAGCCGCCGUUCCUCGCCCCGGGGUCCUGCGGGAGAAGCCCCACACCCUCGUCGGGCUGUAGGGCCGCCUCCCUCCCCGGGUCGUGCGGCCCCUGCUCGGCCCGGCCCGGCACCCGCUGCCGGUGUUGGCGUUGGGAGGGCAGGAGGAGUCCGUCCUGCCUCCGCCGUGAGCCCCAGGCAGGGAGGAGAAGCCCCCGGCCGGGCCGUGCACGCCGCUGCCUGGCCUCGGUGGUUUUCCCCGCUUGCCUGCAAGGCUCGGCUUUCAGGUGGUGGCGACGUGAGGUUCUGGAGGCUGCCGGGCUUGUUCUUAUCAAAGAAGACCUUCAUGUAACUGGCUGAAAAAUGGUUCUACAAGAUGACAACCCCAACUCUAACACUAUUGAAAUGGAGACUAUCUUCACUGUGACGUGAUAUGUGAAGUUUGUUAGCAUUUUUUGUUUGUUUUUUACACUUAUUGUGGAAGGUUACAAAUGGUGUGGGUUUUUAUCAUGAAUCGAAUGAGCUCCCAGAGCAGUUCAUCCUCUCAGCGCAGGCGAAUGGCUCUAGGAAUCGUCAUUCUUCUCCUUGUUGACGUGAUAUGGGUUGCCUCCUCGGAACUCACUUCUUAUGUUUUUACGAAGUACAACAAACCUUUUUUCAGUACGUUUGCAAAAACAUCUAUGUUUGUUCUGUAUCUCUUGGGAUUUAUUGUUUGGAAACCGUGGAGGCAACAGUGUACUCGUGGGUUUCGUGGAAGGCAUGCAGCUUUUUUUGCAGAUGCUGAAGGUUAUUUUGCUGCUUGCACAACAGAUAAUGCUGUAAACAGUUCUCUGAGUGAACCUUUAUAUGUUCCUGUAAAGUUUCAUGAUUUGCCAACUGAAAAAAGUGGCAGUAAUAAUAGUGAUGCAGAGAAAACUCCCAAAAAGCCUCGUGUAAGGUUCAGUAAUAUUAUGGAGAUUCGACAACUCCCAUCAAGCCAUGCACUGGAAGCAAAGUUAUCUCGCAUGUCAUAUCCAGCGGUUAAGGAGCAGGAAUCAAUAUUAAAAACUGUAGGAAAACUCACUGCAACUCAAGUAGCAAAAAUUAGCUUUUUCUUUUGCUUUGUGUGGUUCUUGGCAAAUUUCUCUUACCAAGAAGCCCUAUCAGAUACUCAAGUUGCUAUAGUUAAUAUCUUGUCUUCAACCUCUGGGCUCUUUACUUUAAUUUUAGCUGCGGUCUUUCCCAGUAACAGUGGAGAUAGAUUUACUCUUUCCAAAUUAUUAGCUGUUAUUUUAAGCAUUGGUGGUGUGGUACUCGUUAACCUUUCUGGAUCUGAAAAAUCUCCUGGAAGAGAUACAAUAGGCUCCCUUUGGUCUCUUGUAGGAGCAAUGUUGUAUGCUGUGUACAUAGUGAUGAUCAAAAGGAAAGUAGAUAGAGAAGAUAAACUUGAUAUACCAAUGUUCUUUGGUUUUGUAGGGCUGUUCAAUCUGUUGCUGCUAUGGCCAGGUUUUUUCCUGCUUCACUAUACUGGCUUUGAAGCAUUUGAGUUUCCCAGCAAACUGAUAUGGAUGUGCAUUGUCAUUAAUGGCCUUAUUGGAACAGUUCUGUCAGAGUUCCUCUGGUUGUGGGGCUGCUUUCUUACCUCAUCACUGAUAGGCACACUUGCGCUAAGCCUUACAAUACCUCUGUCCAUAAUAGCUGACAUGUGCAUGCAAAAGGUGCAGUUUUCCUGGUUAUUUUUUGCAGGGGCAAUCCCUGUGUUUUUUUCUUUUUUCAUUGCAACUCUUUUAUGUCACUAUAACAACUGGGAUCCAGUGAUGGUGGGAAUCAGAAGAGUUUUUGCCUUUAUUUGCAGAAAACAUCGAAUUCAGAGAAUGCCAGAAGAAAGUGAGCAGUGUGAAAGUCUCAUUCCUAUGCAUAGUGUUUCACAAGAUGGGGAUAGUUGCUGUUCAUAGACAAAAGUUUAAAAAUGGAGUGAUGCCUAGCGAAGAGACAAUCUUCUGGAAAAGUCCCUAAGGAAUCAUGUUUCAGUGCCUAUUCUGAAUUUUUAGUAAAAAUAAGAAGUUUUGGUUCUUCUGAAACGUUAAUGUUUUCCUCUCUCCUGCUUUCAUCUGGUUUUAUAAAUGAACAAAUUUACUACAUGCAUAUCACUGUAGGGAGUCUUAGUCCAUCUGAGCAACCAAACCUGCCUUACAACACUGAGCUGGUGAAGUUACUUGACAAAAUCAAGAAAAUGAAUGCUGUUAAGUGAUUUCUUUCUCUUUUUAACUCACAAUUUUGUUAAAUGCUGGACAAUAUUGUUUUUAAAAAAUACUUUCAAAUGCAUUAUGUAAAUAAGUUUGCAGGUUAUCACGUCUUACAGGCUUUUUGAUGAAAAGCUAAAUAGAUAUGUUACCUGUAGUAGGUACAAAUUAACUUUUUUAUGUUGUAUAGACUAUUUGCAUAUUAAUAGAAGAAAAUAGUAAAGUAAUUUAUUAAGUGAAUUCUUGUAAUUAUUGAGGCAGGAUCUUUGUACGGUCCUGGAACACUACAUAUAUAUUGUUUUAUCCCAUUUUGAGAAGCCUUGUAAUGGCAACGGGUGCCGAUGUUUAAAAAUCUUGUAUUACCUAAUGUUCUGGAAUGUUUACAAUUUUAGUGAAUGAUACAAUAUUUCUAAUGACAGUACAUUUGGGUGUACAUUCUCAAAAUCAGUGUUUGUUUUAAACAGACUGAUUCUGUAACCCAUCAUUCCGAAUGAUCUCAUACAGAAAACUGAAUUUGAAAAUUUUCAUUAGUACAGCUGCCAGCUAAGAAACAGAUCAAAUUAAUUGUUGAAGUUUUCAGUCAGUGGGUUGCACUAUGAAAGAUAAAGAUAAUUAUAUUGAUUUUUUUUUUCCCAAUUGCAUUAAUAAAUUUUUUCUAAAAUUGAUCGUUUUCCUUAUAACCUGCAUCUUCCUUCUACUGCGGCAUUUUUCCUAUUUAAUUGUGAGAAGUUAGGAAUAAUUAAGUUCAGGGAUAUUUGACAUAAAUCAGUAACUUUCCCAACUUCUGGUUAUAAGACACUUAUAUUUUAAAAAAUAAUAAUAAUUUUGUCUUUUGUAUGAUUUUGUUUUAUUAUAAUGAAUAAAGGACAGAUUUUUAGCAAAUAGUUUUCCACAUAAGAAGUCUGUUAAUAACAUAGGGUAUUCCAUAUGCCUUCCAAGACCAGUUUUGGUGAUUUGGUGACACAACUACUAGACUAGAGGGAAUGCAAGAAAGUGACAUGUUUAGUGAUACAGUUACAAGACUUGAUUUAACCAGCAGCUAGAAUGUAGAAUUCUUUAUGUAGAGAAGAGAAAAAGAUACCCAGGAGAAAUAAGUGAAUCUGGGGACUGUUCUUGUUGACUAUUGCACCUUUAUAAAAUUUUCCCUUCCAGUUCUUAAUAUUGGAUGUCAUUAAAAGUUGCAAUUAUCUGAGGCAUCUCUUUAAGAUGAUGUAGUAAGUCUUCGGAUACCUGAGAUAGGAUUUUUUUUUUUUUUUAAAUAAACUAAUAAGAUUAUUAAUUUUUCUGUGGCAUUUUCAGAAACUUUCCAUUUCAAUUCCAAAGCCCAGUAGUAGAGGGGUUGAAAAUAGAGUGUGUAAAACUAAUUUUACAUUUGACUUAGAAUUUUCAGAGAUUUCUUUGGUAAGAGGAGUUUACAGUAGUUUUUCUUCUAAAUUAGCACAAAUUAGAGGGUGUUAGUUUCAGCUUUUCCAAUAAAUGUUGUUAAGGCUUACUGGCAAUAAAAAAAAUGAUAUCCGUUUUCUCCUAAUUUUAACAUUUCAAUGAGAUCAUGCCAUAUACUCAAUACCAGCCAUUAACUACAAAUUUACAUCUGUUCCUUUACAACAUCUAAUCAGUUACAGCUUCAGCAAACUAACCUUAGGAAAACUGAGUUUGCUUUUAAAUGGGCAAUUACAAUAUUUUUAGCUGAGUAUUUUAAUAAUGUCGUCUGAAAUUGGUCACUGAUAGGAUUGGAGGGAUAACGCAUGGUGGGCAAUUGCUACCAUAUUUGUUCAUGACUUAGAAGUGAAAGAUCAUCAUUGUCUCAUCUGUAUAUGAUGUCUGUUAAGUGGCAUUGUUAUGUUAGAGAGGUUUAGAAACUAAGUACUAGGAGAGUGGUGUUCUGUCUCUGACCCGGUCAUCUUUCUGUUCAGCAGAGUCAAUGUUAGGGCCUUCCCACUGCUUCUGUUUUUAACAAAAGAUGUAUUAAUCUUUUUUUUAAAGAUACUUAAUAUUUUAAUCUUAUGUCGCUAAGUAGCUUGAGCAGCCUUUUUGCAUUAAAUUACAGUUCUUUACAGAAUAACAAUAAUAAAAAAAGGCAAACUAUCCUUCCUGAACUGCCAUGGAUUUUUAAACAGUGGUGCCCCUGUGGUUACAAGAAAUAUACUGCAGUUUUAUUUACUGAAGUUAUGACAUGUAACAUCGUUCCUGCAUUUAAUAGAAUGUGAUGAGAUUUUUCUAUAAAAUCUUGUGAUUUUUAGUACAAUAAUAUUUUAUAAAUAUAUCGUCUUAUUUGAAAUGUAAAUUGCAUAGUUCUCUAAUGGGUGUUUGGUAAAUGCACAAGAGAUUUAGCUUUGAUUCUCAGGUACCUCUGAUGUAAUGGUGACAUGCUGUUUUUUUUCCUCAUGACACAACUGGAAUGUGAAGGCGCUCCCGUAAAUGCUUUAACACUGUGCUAGCAUAAAUUGUCAUUGUUCCUACUGUUUCAUUUGGGAAUGUCUUUAUUCUGACUUAUUUCUCACAGGAAGUACAUACUUCAGAUGCUUAAAGAAUGAUGAUUUCCCAUGCCUACAAAACGGAAAAUGGGUACUGCGUGUAUUGUUCUGUCAAACAGCUUAAGUAAUUCCUACAGUCCUAUGAGAUAACCAAGAAUUUCUUCCUUGUGUGAUUUGAGCUUUUGAGUUGUUCAGUUUUUAUAUCUGGAGGAGGAAAUGGCGAUAAUUUGCCAAAUGCCAUGUAGCAUGUCUUAGCUUUUAGGGUUCUGGUGAGUCUUGCAUAGUUCAGCGUACUGUGUACUGUAACCCAGUACAAAGGAGAAAAACAUCAUGUAGAGAUAUUUUUUUUUUUUGAGCUACUUUCUCUUCGGUUUCAGUCAUGCCAAAAAUGUGCUCACUGAGAGGGGCUGCUGUAGAUGUAAUACUGAUUCAGCAAAGGUAUGAAAUACGUGUGACACCACUACUCAGCAGUUAAUUAGAAAGUAUGGGGCACAAGAAUGUCACUGAAUUCACCAGAGGCCCCAUAUUUCUGUUGUCGAGCAUGCGCUGCAUCUGGCUUAGGCAUUGCCUUUUUGCCCAUGGAUAUUGCUGUGGGGAACGUGGCUGAUUUCAGCUGAGAAGCUGCAAGGCUACGGCACAGCCUGGUUAUCUUACUGGGGGGGAGCAAAGGCUGAAGUAUUUCGCCACAGUAGGGAGUUGAACUGAGAAACCAUGGUGCUGCACGUGAGAGGUGACCCGGAAUGCUGCUCUAUGCAUUGCGCACUGCCAUGUAACGUAAAAGAGCCUGUGAGUUGCUUUUCUUGGUGUGUGCUGUUGGAAUACUCUCUUUCACUCUCCCCAUUGUGCCUAGGUACUCCUAUUUACUAAUAUGAUUGCCUUAAAUAAGGUGGUGAUUUUUUUUUUGUUAAUUCUAAGUUCCAUCUUUCAUUGGGGUGAAAGUCAUUCCUAUUCCCUGCUAAAAAAAAAAUCCUUCUAUUUUAAGGAAACUAACUUGAGCUUAAGCUAAGGCUAUCAGAGGAGGGGAAAAGUAGUUAAACUUGGUGUCUAAAAUUUAUGGUCAUGCUUCCAAAUUUCAUAUGAAGAUAGGCCUCAUUAAGGCAGAUUGUGUGUUUGUAAAUGAAGAUAUAGGAAGUGGCAUGCUCAAAAUUCAAGAAACGAGCUAGUGUUUAAAAACCAUGUUGAGUUAUAUGGCUAACUAUAGGGUAGUGAUUUUUAAUCAGUUUUCUGUAUUUGGUCUAGGUUUUGCGUUAGUUACAGUUUCUGUUAGGAUUGUCACAGGUAGUAUCUGCAAUGUAAUAGCUGUCUGCAACAGCAUGGAAGUGUUGAUGGCUCACUGACAGUUGCUAUGCAUGAUUUUUUUUUCUUUUGAAUCUAGGAUUGAUUAAUGGUGUAUUCUGUUUAGUGUGGUUAUUGCAUGGCAUGAUUUCUCAGGGAAAUGUGGAUGAUACCAUGCAUUGUAUGAGCUGAUAACUAACUCCUGCUUUUAAAAUUGUUCCAAAUUUUCAGGUUUCGCUCAGACAUUUCAUAUCACAUGAUUUUCAUGUUGAAUUUCCUUGUUUGUUAGGUGAAUCACAAUGAUAAUAGCAUCUAAAGGUGUCUGUAAAAUGUGCACUGCACAGUACUUCGUUAGCUUUUGGACACACAUCCAUUCUAAAUUGAUUUUGCAAUUUGUUUUUUUUUUUUUUUUUUUUCCUAUUUUAUUGCACCAUGUAAAUUAAUAGUUGCACUUUUGUUUUCAGAGCUGCACCUGAGGCACGAGAGUGACAUUAACUUUCAGGUUUAGACAAUGCUGUAGUAAUACAUGGUCUGACUAUGGGGUAGAGUCUUCUAACAUAAAUAUAUUUAUUUUUAUCAUUAAAUUUUUACAAAGUGUGUUCACUUUGGGGAUAUUUUUUGUUUGCUUUUCCAGUAAAGUUACUUUGGCUAGGCUGGGAUUUUAUCCAAAGCCCACCAGUAUCAUAGGCAGCAUUAAUAAACUAAACCUUUAUUGAAAUACUCUGCAGUCAGGUUGACCUUUUAUGCCUUUGCAGUAUUUCUGUCUGCAGAAUACAUCUGAAGUAGUUUGCUCUAGGACUUCAGUAAUAUAAAAUUGAGGGAUUUUGUGCUGGGAAAAAUGGUAAACAUACUGUAACUGAUCACAGACUGUGUUUCUCUAUGGCUGGCAUGCAGCUUAAUUAUUUAGAAGGUGAAUUUGUCUUGCUACAUGAUUUUUCUGUAAAAUCAUCAGUAUAAGAGAUGUUAACCACUUUACUUAGUGGUAUACUUCAAGGAGAAUUUUUUUUUUGUCAAUAGUGAGAAUGUGAGCAUAGCGAUCAUAGCCCAGAGGAUCAGCUUCCCCUUGAUGAUUUCUGAUUUGACAUUUCCACUUACUUUGCAAAGAAUAUAACAGGACAUUUCCCAGCUAGUUGAAACUUCUGUAAUUAUAUUUUGAUUACUCAGAUUCUCUCUACUGCUAUAAACCUAAUAUAAAACACGUAAUUCUAACAGAGAUGUAACCGGUCAGCUUUCUGUCUUCUCGCUCCCUCCCCGUUGAUGUAUUGCAUCAUUACAUCCGGUGUUUGUAGGUAACCGGACUUUUUCGGGAAUGCAUGCCAUGAUGAGGAGUUCAUCCAGACUUUAACCUAGUUGUCACUUCCUACUUUUAAAAGCAUAAAAGGCUUUUCUUUGAGGAUUCAGUAAAAAGCAGCUGUUCAGUUGAGCUACAGUUCAUAAAGUUGCAUCCAAUUUUCUUUUCUUUUUUUUUUUUAAUGAACUUUUGACUGUUUUAUCAGGAAAGAUGCACAAUUUGUUCACGUGUUCCACGAAAGGUGCAUUGGAAUGGCCUCAGAAAAUAAUAGUGUGGGGAUAUUUGUAUGGUUCUUGACAUAUGGUUCUAAAGGUUUUCCAUGGUUUAUUUAAAUAAAAAAAUAAAAUAAAAUAAAAAUCAAGCUGAGGAGAAAGUAGCCAUAUAGCAAAGAGCUAAAUUUAUGAUAUGCACAUUACCAUGUUUUCAUUAAAUAUCCUUCAGUGUAUUACUAAUAUUGUCAGCCCACAAGUCUGCUUUUCCUUGUCUGUUAUAGGUAAUGCUUCUCUUCGAUAUAAAUCUGACCUUUUGCAAGUCAAUUAACUAGAUCCCCCAUCACGAGUGAUUUCUAAAAUAUUUUAGAAUCUCCUCCUUUUAGCCUUUAGCUAGAAAAACAACAGGGGCUUUCCAGUAUCCCUUUCCUGUGGGAGAAGGAAAAGAGAAAAAGAAUAAAUACAAUAAUUUUUAUUGAAAAUAAAUACAACUUACUGGGCAGCAUAUGGGAUCAGCUGUAAAACCAUCGAGGUAAUUGCUUACAUAGCACAACUAUGUACAGGACGUGUUUAGGCAAUAAUUGUGCAUUAAAUUGAUCUCUCUGAUCUUGAUUUACUAUAGAAUGUACAUAUUUUAAGUCUCAUAAUUUUGUAUUGAAGCUGAAUGUUUAAGCCCUGUGACUGUAAGAAUCAUGGAAAAAUAUAUUUAGGGAGGUAGGGUAAAUGAUAAGGAUUUUCUUGGUUGCAUUUUGGGAUUCUUAGGGGUUUUUGUGUGUGAGAGAGUUGUUAAAAGUCUCACAUAUGAUCCAGUUACAAAUGAAUGAUCUGCCUGUUAAUCAAAAAUCUUGAAACUGUUCACACAAAGCUCUUGUGAAUGCUUAUCCCCUUGCUCAAGUUGAUGUUAUCUCAAUGGAAUUAGUGUAAGAGGUGUGCACUAUGGACUUCAGCAUUGUACAAUCGAUUGAAUCCUUGUAAUGAUUUAAAACUUACUCAGAUUUUUUAGGAAUGAAUUAUCAGUAAAACAAAACUGUACCUGAAACUUUUUGUUUAGAUGUUUAUACUGAUUGAUUUCUUAAACAUCUAAAAUUUGUGCAUUAAAAGAUGCACAAACCCAAUAGUUAGUAGCUUUGGUCUUUUUGGCAUUAAAUUCUGUACUAAAUUUCAGCUCUCUGUAAUUUGAAGAUAAUUCUGAAUGUUUUUAAAGCAGAGACUGCUUUAGCUGAAACUUUAAACUGACAAAAGCUUCUGUUUGCAUGAAGUUUGUGCCGUUCGCUGAUAAUUCAGAUGUUCUGAGAGCACAGAUACUCGCAGGUAUGCUUCCUUUGUGAAAUACCUUUAUGCAUAACAGUUUAACCGUUUUCCUUAGUGAGAUCAGAACAUGAAUUGCUGAUGAGUAUUGCAUUUGCACUUAAAUACCUGAUUUCAGAGUGUGUUAAACCUUGUCUAUUUCUGACAAAAAACACGGCAUUUUCAUCUAAUUUCCAUUUAAUGAUAAGUAUAUUCAUGCAGAGAAAAACAUAUAAUCAUGGCUUGAUGCAGUGAUUUAUGCCAAGAAAACAGCAGGAUAGCAGUAGUAACUCUGAAAUGAAGAUGCACAUCUCUUAAGAAACUCUGGCUUCUUGCUCUUUGCUUCCCUCUGUUCUAAACAGGUGUCUCCACUAUUCCCGAUUUGUACAGCUGAAGCAAGGACCUGAACUUUUGCCCUUUGUUUUUUAAAAGUGAAUGUUGACUUUUACCUGGAGUGUCUUUGUCCAAUCACUUCAUUUUCUGAGGGGAUUCACUUCAUUUUCUGAGGGGAUUCAUUUAAAUGAGAACUAUAGAAUAAGUAUUUUUUAUUAAAAUCAGAUUUAAGCUAUUAAUUAUUUUGAAAUUCUCAAUAUGAAUAGAGAUCUAAUGAAUGGAAAUUAUAGGCCUAUACUGCAAAUACCAAAUACUGCUUAUAUAUUUUUAACAAAAUCAGUAUAUAUGUGAUUAUUUGAAACAUGUAUAAAGGUGAAAAUGGGAAAAUCAUUCUUGUGUUGAUAGAUUUAUAAAUUGAAAUUCUGAAUAUCCAAUACCAAAACCCUAUGAAAGGGCUAGUGAAAAGAAAAUGUAAUGUGUUCUGAUAAACAGCCUGUGUAAUACAAUCGCUGGGUGUGAUGUUUUUGUUCUGUAUUAUAUUUAUUAUAUGUAAGUAAACAAUAAAGAUUAUAAAUCAUA